CCCUUCGGGCGCCGGAUAAACUCACGGCCUUCCUCUGCCUCUGCAGCUUUGGCGACCCUGAAGCCGCAGGCUGGCCUCAUCGUGCCCCAGACGGUGCCGUCCUCCCAGCCAAACGUGGCGGGAGCUGGGGAGUCCAUGGAUCUGGGAGAGCUUGCGGGCAUGACCCCCGAGAUCAUCCAGAAGCUCCAAGACAAAGCUACGGUGCUGACCACGGAGCGUAAGAAGAGAGGCAAGACGGUUCCGGAGGAGCUGGUGAAGCCGGAGGAGCUCAGCAAGUACCGGCAGGGCGCCUCCCAUGUGGGGCUGCACAGCGCCAGCAUCCCGGGGAUCCUUGCCUUGGACCUCUGUCCUUCCGACACCAACAAGAUCCUCACCGGCGGGGCUGAUAAAAACGUCAUCGUUUUUGACAAGAGCUCGGAGCAGAUCCUGGCGACGCUCAAGGGGCACUCCAAGAAGGUUACCAGCGUCGUCUUCCACCCGUCUCAGGAUUUGGUGUUCUCAGCUUCUCCCGAUGCUACUAUCCGGAUCUGGUCUGUGCCCAACGCCUCGUGUGUGCAGGUUGUCCGUGCCCACGAGGGCUCUGUCACGGGGCUGAGCCUCCACGCGACAGGCGACUACCUCCUCAGCUCAUCCCACGACCAGUACUGGGCUUUCUCGGAUAUCCAGACAGGCCGCGUCCUCACCAAGGUGACGGAUGAGAGCUCAGGCUGUGCUCUCACCUGUGCCCAGUUCCACCCGGACGGGCUCAUUUUUGGAACAGGAACGAUGGACUCGCAGAUCAAGAUCUGGGAUCUGAAGGAACGCACCAACGUGGCCAAUUUCCCAGGGCACUCGGGCCCCAUCACCAGCAUCGCCUUCUCCGAGAACGGCUACUACCUGGCCACGGCGGCGGACGAUUCCUCUGUCAAGCUCUGGGACUUGCGUAAGCUCAAGAACUUCAAGACCUUGCAGCUGGACAAUAACUUUGAGGUGAAGUCUCUCAUCUUCGACCAGAGCGGCACCUACCUUGCCCUGGGCGGGACGGACGUCCAGAUCUACAUCUGCAAGCAGUGGACGGAAAUCCUCCACUUCACAG